AUGGACUUAAGUGCUAUUAAGAGGUUGUUGCAAUCUAGAAGACCAAGUGAUGAGUACAUAGCUAGGGUUCAGGGUUUUCUUAAGUUUGCCUACAGUGGGAAAAAGUCCGAUGCAAAGAUUCAAUGCCCCUGUGUCAAAUGUGUCAAUAGGCAGUUACAAAUGCAAGAAACAGUGUAUGAGCACUUAGUGUGUGAUGGAAUGCUGCGUCGAUACACUAUAUGGGGCUGUCAUGGGGAAACAUCAUCUUAUAUCUCUGCUAACAAAGAUUCAGAGUCACCACGUCCAAGUUUAAACACUAAUAUGCGCCAAGUACUCCAAGAAGCCUUUGGAUAUAUAGACGAUGAACAUCACACAAAUGGACCUCACGCAUCAGGUUUAUCUGAAGAUGGACCAGAUGCGGAAACACAAGAUUUCUUUGAUUUGCUUAGGGCUGCUGAUGAACCUUUAUGGGAAGGAUAUGAGAGAUUUCAACUUUAUGCUACAAUAUUGCAUACUGUGAGUGACUACCUUGGGACAGGGAUACUGGCACGGUACAGUGUUAUGGGACAGUUGGGUUGUGUGUCUUAUGAAGAUGAAACAAGUUCAAUACGCUUGAAGCAUGCCUCAAGCAAUGUUUCAUGGGACACCGAUGAUUUCUACCCACUAGCCAUGAGUUUCGUUAUGAUGCCAAUUCAUUUGACGGAACCAAAGAGCAUCGGUUGA